CCGCCCUCCGAUCUCCCAGGGCUCAGCAUGGAGCUUCGGGAAGAAGCCUGGUCUCCGGGGCCGCUGGACUCGGAGGACCAGCAGAUGGCCAGCCACGAAAACCCAGUGGACAUCCUCAUCAUGGAUGACGACGACGCUCCAAGCUGGCCCCCAACCAAGCUGUCCCCGUCCCCGUCCGCACCGCCUGCCGGGCCCCCACCGCGGCCCAGGCCCCCCGCGCCCUACAUCUGCAACGAGUGUGGCAAGAGCUUCAGCCACUGGUCAAAGCUGACGCGGCACCAGCGCACGCACACGGGCGAGCGGCCCAACGCCUGCGGCGACUGCGGGAAGACGUUCUCGCAGAGCUCGCACCUGGUACAGCACCGCCGCAUCCACACCGGCGAGAAGCCCUACGCCUGUGCCGAGUGCGGCAAGCGCUUCAGCUGGAGCUCCAACCUCAUGCAGCACCAGCGCAUCCACACCGGCGAGAAGCCCUACGCCUGCCCCGACUGCGGCCGCAGCUUCACGCAGAGCAAGAGCCUGGCCAAGCACCGGCGCUCGCACAGCGGCCUCAAGCCCUUCGCCUGCCCUCGCUGCGGCCGCGGCUUCGGCCAGCCCAAGAGCUUGGGCCUGAUCUCGGCCCCCCGCCGGGGAUAA